GCAACCACAACAACAACAAUCCUUCAUCAAAACUGCAACCACAACAACAUCAACAUCUUCAUCAAAUCGAACUUGCAACCACAACCAUCUCCGUGAACGAAAACCUAAUUUCAAUUCUUACAUCUUCUUCCUAUUCCGCCAAUUCCAAAAUCGACUCAUCUUUCCAAGCGCAACACCAACUUAGGCCACUCAAAUUCGUGAAUCUUUCUCUCACAAUCUGUCUUCCUCACACCGCGCCACGUUUUUGCACCGUGUGCGACACACACUGCUAGACGUCGAUCCUAGAACGUGUUUGAGAUGGAAAAUAAUGUUGAAGAGCAUGUGCAGAUGGAUGAAUCUGUUGCCUCUAUGGAGGGACUAGAAGACUCGUCAGUUGGAGUAAGUCGUGAUGAAGCACCAUGUGACACCACUGACGAUGAUGCCAUUAGUGUUGAGGCUAGUGAAGGCACCGGAAUUUUUUUAAAUAUUGAUAGUAUGGAGGAUAUUCUUAGCUUGAACCUGAAGGGGUUAAGUCCCCAUGAGACAAGGAAAUUUCAGUUUUCAAGCUUGGAAAUGGCUUAUGAGUUCUACAACCGGUAUGCUAGAAUGAAUGGGUUUGCAGUCCGCAAGAGCAAGAUCCUCUAUAGCAAGAAAGGGGAAAUAUUACAACGAACGUUUGUAUGCCAUAGAGAAGGGUUUAGGGAGGAUAGAGGUUUAACAAUAGAAAAUCGUAAGCGCGAGCGUAAACCCGAGACUCGGUCUGGAUGUGACGCGAAAUUUAGAGUUCAUAUAGAUACUUUAUCACAACGUUGGCAGAUAACUGUUUUUACAAAUCAACAUAACCAUGAACUUUUGGAUGAAAAGUACUGUGUAAUGCUUCCUGCACAUCGAAGAAUGAAAGAGUCAGAUACAGUGCAGAUGAACGAUAUGUUGAAGGGUGGUAUAGGUCCGUCUCAAUUCUAUGCUUCUAUGGCGAACCAAGCAGGAGGUUAUGAAAACAUAGGGUUUCGUAGGAAGGAUUUAUAUAAUCAGAUAGGAAAGCAACGCCGUUUGAAACAUUGUGAUGGUAAAAAUGCUUUACAUUAUCUUCGUGGGCUGGCAUCCGAUGACCCGAUGAUGUUUUAUCGCCACACCGUCGAUGGCGAAGGUAGGCUUGAACACCUGUUUUGGUGUGAUGGUAUUAGCCAAAUGGAUUACCAAGUUUAUGGGGAUGUGUUGGCAUUUGAUGCAACCUAUGGAAGGAAUAAAUAUCACUGCCCCUUAGUGGUGUUUUGUGGUGUUAAUAACCACAAUAACAAUGUUAUAUUUGCCGGUGCUAUUGUUGCAAAUGAAAAAGAAGAAACUUAUGUGUGGGUUCUUGAACAAUUUUUGAAAGCAAUGUCAGGCAAGUCGCCUGUAUCUGUCAUUACUGAUGGCGAUCUUGCAAUGAAGAAUGCUAUUAAAAGGGUAUUUCCGAAUGCAUAUCAUAGAUUGUGUGCUUGGCACCUAAUUCGUAAUGCAACGUCUAACAUUGGAGUUCCUGAAUUUGUCGGUCAAUUCAGGAAAUGCAUGUUGAGGGACUAUGACCUGGGUGAGUUUCGACGCAAGUGGACUGAAAUGGUUGACACAUUUGGGUUGCAUGAAAACAAGUGGGUUACAGAUCUUUAUGCAAAGAGAAAGAUGUGGGCUACAGCUCAUAUACGUGGAAAUUUUUUUGCUGGGUUUAGAACUACCUCCCGGUGUGAGGGGUUACAUUCAGAAAUUGGCAAGUUUCUUCACUCACGAUAUAAUUUGAGUGAUUUUUUACUACAUUUUCAUCGAUGCCUUAAUUACAUGCGUUAUAAGGAGGUUGAAGCCGACUUUGCUUCUAAUUACGGUGAUACUGUUCUACAAACAAGAUUUCGAAGCAUGGAGAGCUGUGCCGAGAAGUUAUUUACUAGGGAAAUAUUCUUUAUAUUUCGUGAAUUUCUUGCACGGUCUGCAGAGAUGGUUGUGACAGCAAGCAAUCAAACUUACACGUGCUUCAUAUACACGGUUUGUAAGUACCAGGCAUCUAAACGGGAGUGGAACGUAUCAUUUUAUCCGGAUGAUAAUGUGUUUAAAUGUUCUUGCAAAAAGAUGGAAUCAUUUGGCCUCCCAUGUGAGCAUAUUAUUGCAGUAUUGGUUUUCUUAGAUGUUGCAGAAUUGCCAAAUACUUUGGUAGCAGCUAGGUGGACAAAGAAUGCAAAGGAAGCAAUAUGUAGCACAAAUAAGAAUCUUCCGAAAUAUUGGGAUUCACAUAAGUCGUCUAGAUAUAGUGCUCUUAUGUUUCGAUAUAUGCGUUUGAGCAAAUUAGUAAGUGAGAGUGGUGAUGAUUUCAAUUAUCAUAUGGAACAGGCUGCUGCUGAUAUUCAUAAGAUGGAAACAAAGAGGGGCUUACAUGAUGAUGGUGGAGCCACAAAUUCAGGUCAAACUGACCAUGAGAUAUUGAGGGAUCCUGCUCCAGUUAGAAGUAAAGGAUGUGCCGGUGUAUCUUCAUCAUCUACUCGGAAGAAAAGGAAGCCGGGUCAGUGUACUGUUUGUAAAGAGUAUGGGCAUAAUAAGCAAACAUGUGAAAUACGUCGACAUCGUGCUAACAAGACACACUCGGCAGAUGCAGAUCGUCACAACAAUGACUUCAGUGAUGACUCUGUAAGUAACCUUUUUAAUUUUCUAAUGUAAUGGUAUUGUGAUAUCCCACUGUUAUAAUUAUUCAUGGUACUUGCAGUUGCAUAAUGAUCUUGACUGAAUUGUAAAAGUGCAUCAGCGAAAGAAGUAUGGAAAGGGAUGCAACUUGUAAGGUUAACACAAUUUCCAGAGGAAGGAUUAUGAUUUAGAUUGGUUUGUAAAUACUCUGAUUUCUAAGUACUUUAACUUUGGUUAAACAUCGAAGUUCCAAGGGAAGAUUUUAUGUACUUUCUGUUACUGAUGUAGAACGAGUUUCAACAGUUUUUUUGUCUUCUUGAUCCAAUAAGGUUCAUUGUUUCAUUUCAUUGUUCUAUUCAUGAGAAUAUGUUAUCCGCUUCUUAGAUAUACUAUCCUUUCAUAAAAAAUUAAAUGUAAGGUGAAUCCUUGAAAGAAAUCUUCGCAGCUACUGUUUUAGGUGAGAAUUUUAACUGUUUGUAUGUGCAGAUUGGGUGUAUUCUUUUGACAGCCCAACACUGUUGUUUGACAUUCUGCUGAAAGAGUAACAGCAUCAUGAUCAUCUACUUUCAUUUUGAGAAAAAACGGUAGUGGAAAGCCAACUAAUUCAAUGUCAAUUGUAGCAAAUAUAUCCUACAAAACGGCUGUUAACU